AUGGAUCUUUUAAAAGACGCUGCUAAAAAUUUGAACCUUUAUGAGGUUAAGGCAUAUGUGCGUAAAGCGCAAAAUGUUGCCAUGAAUUAUACUGAGAUUGAAUCGAAAGUUAGGGAAGCUACAAACAACGAGCCUUGGGGUGCACCAACAACCUUGAUGGCACAGAUAGCUUCAGCAACCUACAAUUACAGAGAAAGGGAAGAGAUCUUGGCAUUUAUUUUCCGCAGAUUCACUGAGAAAGCUGCCAACGAAUGGAGGCAGAUUUACAAGUCGUUACAAUUAUUGGACUAUUUGAUCAAAAAUGGAAGUGAAAGAAUUAUUGAUGACGUUAGGUCAAAUCUUUCAUUGAUUCAGAUGUUGAAAUCAUUCCAUUACAUUGACUCCAAAGGUAGAGACCAAGGUAUCAAUGUAAGAAAUAGAGCAAAGAAUUUGAUCAAUUUGUUGAAUGACGAUGCGCUAAUUAGAAGUGAACGGAAAAAGGCUAGGGCAAACCAGAAAAAAUUUGGAGGCGUUUCGUCGGCAGCGUUUGGUGGUGCUUCAUCGAUUGGAACAGGCUAUGGUGGGUCGUCAUCCACAUUCACCGAUGUUGACGACGACGAAUUCACCAAUAGGGUGUAUGGUGAUGGUGGGGUGUAUGGAGAGAGAUAUGAUGAUCCAGCUUCAGCUUAUCAAAAUGGAGCCACAGGCACAGGCGGAGACCAGUUUGAAGAAUACGAUGUGCAACCAACUACAAAGACUGCGGUGUCAAAGGCAACGACGAGAGCUUCAAGAGUGAACGCUGGUGCUGCGACAAAAUCAAAACCUCAACCAAAGGAGCCCGAAAAAGAUCUUUUGGGUGACUUGUUGGGUCUCGACGAUGCCCCAAAGCAAACAACAACAAGCAAUGCUGGAGAUGAUGAUGACGAUGACGAUUUCGAUGAUUUUCAAGCUGCCCCUUCACAGGGUCAAAAACAAAACAAUUUGUCCUCCAACUUGACAAGCUUGUACCAUCCGCAACAACAGCAGCAGCAGCAAACGCAAACGCAAACUAUUCCACAAUUCCAGCAAUUUCCAUCGCAGCAGAGUGUGUUUUCAGGAAAUGCAUCAACCAAUACAGGAUCGUCAUCUACAGGUCCUGCCAAGAGUUCCAAUAACGAUGCCUUCUCGUCGUUGUUUCUGUCUGCAAAAACCAAAACUGGUGGUCACAAAACAAGUGGCUCCCAAUCAAAAACGGCUACAACUCCUUCAUCUACAUCCACUCCUGCACCAACAACAACAACACAAAAUGAUGAUUUGUUUGGUGAUUUCAGUUCAAACAAUCAAACGAAGCCCACAUCAAAUUCCAAUAGUAACAGUAACAAUGGAGGUGACGUGGAUUUGUUGAGUUUUUAG